AGUACAUGAAUUACAGCCGUCGGCGCCAGGCUGUGGAAAAUCAUUAGCCAAUAUUUCUUAAAGGCUCGUUAACUUGUCUAAAAGAUAUAAUGGCCUCAAAAACUCAAAAUGCUACUCAGCUGGACUCACUUGAACUUGCGAAGGCACCUCUAAUGGCACAAAGUGGAAAAACGCAUCGGCCCCAAUGGACUAAAGCGCUGACUUGGGCCAGCAUUGGUUCUACGCUUGGAACUGCUGUACCAGCGGGUUACUGCACCGGUGUCGUGAAUAGUCCAGCCGUACACAUGCGCGCCUGGUGCAACGAGACUCUGAUUAACCGCUAUGACCUUCACCUGACCGACUCGGGCAUGGAAUUGAUAUGGUCGGCAAUUGUGUCCAUCUUUCUUGUGGGUGGAGCAGCCGGCUCCCUAACAGGUGCCUCAAUUGCCAACAGAUUUGGACGCCGCAGCAGCUUUUAUAUAUGCGGCAUGCUCAUGUCCGGCGGUGCGGCUUGCUUUUUCUUUUGUCGUCUCCUGGGUUCUGUGGAGUUGCUUAUUUUGGGCCGCUUGUUGGUGGGAUUAGCAGCUGGGCUGACGACAACCUUCCUAGCCAUGUAUCAUAGCGAGAUGGCAGCACUGGAACAAAGAGGUGCCCUGGCACCACUCUGCGGCAUGGGUCUGACGGUGGGCGUCGUGUUGGCACAAAUCUUUAGUUUGCAAACGGUUUUUGGUGGUGCCGAUCGUUGGCACAUCGCUCUCAGCUUCUAUGCGGUUUUCGUUAUUAUUUCCUUUGCACCCUAUAGAUGCUACCCAGAUAGCCCCAAAUGGUUAUACAUUGUGAAGGGGAAGCAGGAGGAAGCCAAAGCGCAGCUGGAAAUACUUCGUGGCUAUUCAGCAGACACUGAAGAAUUAAAAACCGAGUUGGCCAACAUGGAAGAGGAAGCCACAGCCAAGAGUUCGACAAGCGGUUUUAGCGAGGUACUACGAAACCCCCGUCUCCGUCUCCCUCUGGUUCUUGUGUGCGCCUACCCAGGUGGUCAGCAGCUGUCGGGCAUAAAUGCGAUCUUCUAUUACUCAGUGUCGAUCUUUUUGAAAGCUGGUCUCUCCCAGAGAGCAGCGGAGUGGGUAAACUUGGGUGCGGGAUCCGUAAACUUGGCGGGCGCACUGUUCGGUCCACUACUAAUGGCACGUAUAAAUCGCCGUCCACUGAUGCUGUUUUCAAGCUUCUUCUCUAUGGUAUUCCUGUUUCUCUUUGCUAUGAUGCUUUACUAUAUUGAGUCCUACAGAUGGUUCGCCAUGGGCUGCGUCGCCUGCAUCUUUCUUUACAUAUUCGUCUUUCAACUCGGCCUCGGUCCAAUUCCAUUUUUCAUUGGAUCAGAACUCUUUGAAGUAGCACCACGUCCAGUGGCUAUGGCCUUGGGAAGUGUUUCCUCCUGGAGCUGCAAUUUCAUUAUCGGCAUGACCUUUCCCAGUUUACAAAAUGCUUGGGGCGCUCUGGUAUUUCUACCGUGCUCGUUCGUUUGUCUGCUGAUUUUCUGCCUCACAAAACGCUACUUGCCGGAGACGCGCGGUCGCGAUUCAUCUGCCGUAGCCCCUUUGAUGGCCGACGGUUUUAAAUCUAAAGUGCAUUAGAUAUAAGAUGGUGCCUUGAUUUAUAGUACCACCAUAAGUUGGAAAUAAAUAAAAUACCAGGUAGCCUAAUCCCCUAA